AUGAGCAAUCUCAGACAUUCGAGCCCAUUUACACCAGAUAUACGGCUCAAAUCAGAAGAAUCGAAACUGGAUGAAGAGUCAAAACUAAAAGAUGCAGAAGCUGCAAUUCAAGAGUUGAAGAACUUGGAAUUACUACCACUAGUUUUGGAUAUUGUGGAAGAUGUCAAUUCUGGUAAAUUAUUACCAAAAGAUGUUGAUAAUGCUGCUGGUACCUUGAAAGUGAGGAUAAAUAAAGCAAGAGAAAUAUUGAGAAACAUCCAUGGUUUAUCAGAAACACCAGAUGAAAGAGCUGCUAGAGUGGAAAGAUUAACAAAGAAUAUAAGCAGGAAAACUGCAGCUCUGCAAAAACUAAGAGCAAGAGUUGGUGAAAGAAUCACAUUACCAGAUCCACCUACACCAAAAGAGGACGAAGAUGAAGUAAUGAAAGAGACCAAGUUAGAGUCUGUCGAACCACAAUCACCACAGGACGAACAGAAAGCUGACAAUGUCAGGAAGGAGACUCCCACACCCCAAACUGAAGCACAAAAUGAUGGCACUAUUCAAAGCCAACCAUUGCAACAAAGUGAUACAUUUAUGACCGAAGACACUGCCAACUUUGACUUUGAAAACUUCAACGAUUUCCCAGCAAUUGGCAACCAGGAUAACGACCAGGAUGGCGACAUCAAUAUGGAUACCUCCUAA